CUAUUGUAAGAAAGUGGAAAGAGUUGGUAUUUGUGAUGCUUGUUCCCUCUACCAUUAUGAUUUGGGUAAUGCUAUUUGUACCCCUAAGGAUUUGUACCCCGUUUUGUUCCAUUUACAUUUUGUUUCCGUGUAAAUUUUUGUUAACGUACCAAUAUUUUGUGUCAGUGUGAACCCUCAAAAUGUUGGUGCAUACAUUUAGUGUACAACUAGGGUACAAAUUUUGGAGUACGGCCAAACUACCAAAGGUUUAAUGGCACAAGAAGGAAUUGGGAAAGAAGGUUUAAUGGCGGCCAAGGAGCUCAAGCGGUUGCAUUCCAGUCUCGAGCGGUUCAUCAUCAAGUCUAGCGUUUCUCGUCUGCUCAAAUCCGAUCUCGUCGCCAUCCUCGCGGAGUUCCAAAGACAGGAGCUUGUGUUUCUCUCCAUGAAGGUUUCCCCCUUAUCCCAUCCGCUGCUUCGCCGUCCAUGCGCCUCGCAGCAUCAUAGCCUGGGAUUGUCUUCAUCGCCGUCCCUCGCCGGCGAUUGUCUCUCGCAGGGCCGGUGAUUGUCUCUCGCAACAUCAUCACCUUCCAGAUUGAGAAAAGUGCACGGAUUUCUUCGGACCAUGGCAUCUUCCUCUUCGACUUCCAACUACCGUGUGAAGAAGGAGACAAGGAGACAAUAUGAAGCAAUUUCUUCCAAUUUUAAGAUGGCGGGGCCUGAAUUAGAUCUACGUUAUGGUACGGUAAAGUGUGAUUGUUUGCCUCAAUCAAGAAAUUGUGUAAUUCGAGUUGUGACUGACCAUGAGAAGCCAAACAAAGGUAGGCUUUUUUA